AUGGCCCAACAACUGGAAGGGGAGCCAUUGGUCUCCUCCCUGUGGACAAGAUCCCUCAUCUCCGGCGCAAUCGCAGGCCUAACAGUCGACUGCUCUCUCUACCCCCUGGACACAAUUAAAACACGCCUCCAAAAAGCACGCGACCCGCUCGCCCCAGCAGCAGCUCGCCUCUCCCUCCGCCAAACCGUCCGUGGCAUCUACGCAGGUCUCCCCUCCGUCCUCUUCGGCUCCGCCCCCUCCGCAGCCUCCUUCUUCAUCGUCUACGAUGGCGUUAAGCGCACUCUCCUCCCACCCCCAGGCUCAACCGAACCUCAAUCCCGAUCCCACAUCAUCCUCACACACUCGCUCGCUUCCUCUCUGGGCGAGAUUGCCGCUUGCGCCGUCCGCGUGCCGACAGAGGUCAUCAAACAGCGAGCCCAGGCCGGUCUCUUCGGCGGUUCCAGUCUAGCUGCUCUCAAGGAUAUCCUCUCUCUCCGCCAUGCCGCACCAGUCCCAGUUUCCGCCCCAGGCUCCGCCUCCAGCAGCCCUGCGCCAGCAUCUACCGCCAAGCGUGGCUACAGCCAAGUCCUGCGCGAACUCUACCGCGGCGCAGGAAUCACCAUUGCGCGCGAAAUCCCCUUCACGGUCCUUCAAUUCACCAUGUGGGAAUCAAUGAAGGAAGCCUACGCAACGCGCUACCUGCGCCCGGCUAGCUCAGAUUCUCCUAUCUCCGAACGGCAAAUCCCCGCUUCAACCAGUGCCAUGUUUGGUAGUGUGGCUGGAGCAAUUGCGGCUGCGUUGACGACUCCGUUGGAUGUGAUCAAGACGCGAGUUAUGCUUGCGCGGCGAGGAGAUGGUGCUGGUGCGCCGGUCCGAGUCAAGGAAAUUGUUCGGGGGAUUGCGAAUGAGGGACCUGGUGCUUUCUGGCGGGGAAUUACUCCCCGUGUGACUUGGAUUGGUAUUGGUGGUGCUAUUUUCUUGGGCAGUUAUCAAUAUGCUUGGAAUACACUUGAGGGCAGGAGAGAGGGGAAGAGGGAGGAGGCGAUUUAA